ACUUUACCUGGAAUUAAAAAGAGAGAAUAAAAAGUGUCAAACGGAAUCAUAAGAAAUGCGUACCAAGCUAACCCUGGAGCAGCUGAACGCCCUGCCGGUGUCCGAGUUCCACAAAACGUUCGAGAAUGUCGUCGAGUGCUGGCCGGAGGCUGCGAUCUUCUGCUCGGCCAUGUUGCCCUUCAAAAGCUUCGAGGCGAUGAUCGUGACCUUUGAAAAUUAUCUGCACCGGCUGAGCACGGAAAACAAGCUACGAAUUCUGCGACUUCACCCGGAUCUUGCGGGCAGACUGCUGGACGUUCAGCAACUCACAGAAGAAUCGAGUUACGAGCAGUCAAGCGUUGGUUUGGACAAGCUUACCCCGGAGGAUAAGCGGCAAAUCACGGCGUUGAACGAAGAGUACAAGCUAAAGUUCGGGUUUCCGUUUGUGGUUUGUGUGCGCGAGGCGUCCAAGUUCGAGGCCAUCCUGCGGGGGAUCACCGAGCGGGUCAACAACCGGCCCGAGCAAGAACUGGAAACGGGUAUCAACGAGGUGAAGAAGAUUUGCCGGUUGCGGAUUCUGCAGCUGGUGAAUCAGUUGUGAGUCGGUUAACGAGAGUGAUGCGUUUAUUUUAAUUGACUGAAUGAUCUUUUAAUUCAAUAAGUUGGUUUAUGAAAUAAAUUGGUUUAAAAAAAAAACAAGGAGCAUA